AUGUCUACUCCCGACUUGCCUAUGAACCUUGGCUCAGUCAUGAUUACAAUGUGGGCCAUUAUUGGACCGAGUGAUCUGGCCAUUUUCUCACGCAUCACAUCCUCUCGACCAGUCACACCUAACAGUACUUCCACCGCCAUAAACAUUGCAGGUGGCAUUUUUUGCCAUCUGCUGAUGGACGCCUUUGUGGAUUACAGCAGAGGCUCGACGUCUGAACUCAAUCUGGCAUUUCAAAUAGCCUCUGACUUCGGCGGCGCGAUUGUGGAUGAUAACUGGGAAAGGGAAUAG